GCAGGGGCCACUUUAGUGCAGAUAUCACAGUGAGUGACCUUUAAAGCCGCUGGUCAUUGUCGGGACGCGUGUGGCGGCGUGUACACGGCGGAGUCCGUGGGAACCCGGCACAUGACGAGUCUGCGCGCACAACAGUGUGUCCGCGGGUCCCUGCUGCGUUUGGCAAAAAUAACAACUCCUCCUGCAGCCUGCUCUAUUCAUAGCGUUUAUUUUCAGACAGAGUGCAAAAGAAUAAAUUAAACGCCUUUAGAGGACACAAUCCAGAUUAAUGAGGGAAUACUGUGGAUGUUCCCCGCGUUUUUAUUUAGGAUGUGGAGGCUUCAGAGGCUGCGAUGAAUGAAACGUUCAUUAGCCGAAAUGAUUUAAUCACUUUUUCUCCGUAAACAAAGCGUGUGCAUCGUGCACCUGCAGGCUGCUAUAAGACGGAGCGGCGAAGCCACCUUCAUUGGUCAUGAAUCCAUACUUAAUACGCACACAGUCUGCCUGUGAGAGUGGGAGUGCCCUGCCUCAAGUUUUGCCGUCACUUGAUUGCUGCUUGUCGGUGUCGUAAAGAAGGUGGGGGGCCGUACCAAAGUCUGCAGGCCAUGUGGACACUGACGCUCGCGAUGCUGAUGCUGAUACUGAUGCUGAAGCUGCUGCUGCUGCAACACAAACCCUGCGCACACGCCGUCAGCUGAGCAGAGAGAGAGAGAGAGAGAGGAGCGCAGCUCAGCUCAGCUCAGCGCAGUCAGGAGACAGAGCUGCUCGGACAGCUGCGUCCCAGUCCGGAGUGAAAGAGCUUCACUCCAGCAGGAGCAUCCGUCUUCUGACCGCAGCCGCCUCAUCGCCGCUUCUGUUGUCCACCACGGAGAGGAGCUGCGCGGACAGUGAAGGUGAGUCCGAGCCGCUUCUAGUCCAUUAAACCGGGUCAUGACUUUGUUUGUUAUAUUUUAUUUUAUGUUGUUAUUAUUUUAUUUAUAGUUUUUGGACUAAUAAAACAAAACCUCACGUAAACCCCUAUUGACUUAUUGUUAUAUUACUGUUAUUUAAAGGCAUUAAUUCUAGGACUGGCACGUCCUCAUAUGUCCCCGCUUCACCAGUGCGGUCAAUAACCGUAAUCAAAACUGUUUUUGUUUAUAGACUUUUAUAGGACAUUUAUAAAAUCGGAGCUUAAACUCUGUUUAUUUUUUUCUAUAUAUUUUUUUUAGUUAUAAACUCACAUGUGUACGUCCUCUGCGCAGCCUUCAGGCCUCCAACAGCAUGGAUCCCAUCCCAGCGGGCCGAGACUCCAGCUCUUCCCCAGGCUCCAAACAAGAACUUUCCUACCCGAGCACCACCUUAAAGCCCAACCAAGUGGGCGAGACGGUGCUGUACGGAAUACCCAUCGUGUCUUUGGUGAUCGACGGCCAGGAGAGACUCUGUCUUGCGCAGAUAUCUAACACUUUGUUGAAGAAUUACAGCUACAACGAGAUCCACAACCGGCGCGUGGCGCUGGGCAUCACCUGCGUCCAGUGCACCCCGGUCCAGCUGGAGAUCCUCCGCCGGGCCGGGGCCAUGCCUAUCUCCUCCAGGCGCUGCGGGAUGAUCACCAAACGUGAGGCAGAGAGACUGUGUAAAUCUUUCCUCGGGGCCCAUUCGCCUCCUAAACUUCCAGAGAAUUUUGCUUUUGACGUGUCCCACGAGUGCGCCUGGGGCAGUCGAGGCAACUUCAUCCCGGCUCGAUACAACAGCUCCAGGGCCAAGUGCAUCAAGUGCUCCUACUGCAACAUGUAUUUCUCUCCAAAUAAAUUCAUCUUUCACUCUCACCGCACACCGGAGUCCAAAUACACACAACCAGAUGCUGCCAACUUCAAUUCCUGGAGGCGACACCUUAAAUUAUCGGACAAGGGCAGCCCCACUGAUGUUCUACACGCCUGGGAAGAUGUGAAGGCCAUGUUCAACGGGGGGAGUCGGAAGAGGACACUGCCCGGCAGUGGCUCGGACUCCAGCUCCUCGUUAAAAUCCCAUGGACACAGCCGUCCCCGAGACUCACCCGAAAUCCCUGCAAAAAUCCUCAGCUGUGAGGACACCCGCGGCAGCAUGAGCAGCACGCGCAGCUACCCGGUCAUCCCGGUGCCUAAUAAAGGAUUUGGGAUGCUGCAAAAAAUCCCACCGCCACUUUUCCCCCAUCCUUACGGCUUCCCGGCUUUUAGUCUGUGUCAGAAAAAAGAAGACGGUUUGAUCGAAGAGCAGGGCAAGGCGGGCCUGCCGGGUGUCCUGUGGCCCGGUGCUAAGGACAGCGCCUACCCCUCUUUCCCCAUGUUCUGGCCCACUGCGGGCGCACUGCCCAUGCCUCCAUACCCGCAAACUCCACACAAACACACCCCACAGCUGCUGUGUCCACCCAGACCGACGGACAUCGACGUGGCCGAACACAGCGACCGUAGCACCAGCUCCUCCAAGGACAGCAUGGCCGAAAACGACCGCUGCUCCAGCACGCAGUCCGCGCGUAACGACGACGACAAGUCCGGGGAUGAGUCGAGGCCGCUGGAGGCGAUGGCGCUGGCGCCGCGCAAAAUCAGCUACGUCUCCGCCUUCAGACCCGUCAUAAAAGACGCAGACUGCAUCGCUAAACUCUACGGCAACCGAGGCGCAUACAGCGGCGGGUGUCGCACGGGUUAUUUGUCGCCCGACUUUUUAAGUGAGAGCUCCAGUUACAGAUCCAUGUCCCCCUGCGUGGACAGCGACGGAGAACCGGACGUUGACGUGGAGACGCACAAAACACCGGAGGAAGAGGCGGAGGAGAGUGAGGACUCUCGGCCACUGUCCUCCGCAUGUCCUCGAACUCCUCCGGGGUUGGUGCUAAACGAUGUUCCGGCCAGUGAGUCGGACUGUAAGAGCGCAAAGGAGAGCGGUGUGUUCGAGUCCCACAAACUGAACCUGCACCUGGGCCAGAGCACUGACCGAGAGGUCCACAACAAACCGUUACCGGAGACUCACAUAGCGGCGUCCUACACUGAGAUUUACACACCCGAGAGGAGUGAGCUGCAACAAAGGAGCAGUCCGUAUCAUUUCAGAGCUGCCAACUACCACGGUGGGCUGUUCCCCAAAAGCGAUGAGAGUGCGAGUAAAGAGGAGCCAUCCUCCACGGUGGAGGAGAUCGAGAACAAAUCCUUCAGUGGACAAAGCAGCGAGGAGAACCAAAGAGAGUCGGAGGAAGGCGAGAACGCGUCAGUCAGAGCUGCGCCAUCACAAAGAAACGUAGAAACUUUGGAAAAAGAAGAACUGCAGAAGCAACUGCUGGAGCAGAUGGAGCUGAGGAAAAGGCUGGAACGGGAAUUCCAACACUUGAAAGGUAAGACUCCUGCAGCACUGCCUCCGGCAUUUAUCUGUGGUGUUCUUACAAAAAUGGACUGGUGUCAGUAGGUGUCAGUGAAGUGUUUUUCUUCGGUACUGGCUGAAAUUCUGACCUUGUCAUGGCACGACCAACCUCUGCAGUGACAUACAUGAGCUCUUUCCCCCACUUAAAAGGCAUCAUUCUCCCAGAAAUGCUGUGAGGGUCAGGGACUCGCUCCCUCGGUGCAGUGUUACAAAAACCCCUUUUAACACUGCUCUGAGAGGAUGAUGGUUUUCAUACGUGCUCAAACGUUUGUGUGCAGCUGUUUGGGUCUGCAAAUGGUCACAUUUUGAGCAUGUGAUACGUGACAUUCUGCUGUACAUGUAUCUUAAUUAGAGAUAAACAUUAUAUUUUGGCUACAGCAACAAUCAUAUUUAAUGUAUCACACACUCCUGCUUUGACUGCUAUCAUACAUU